AUGGAACACCUAAAAGACCCAGUGGGAGAAAAUUUCACUUCAGUGAUGGAAUUUGUUCUUUUGGGAUUUUCUGAUAUUCCCAAUCUGCAAGUAUUUCUUUUUGGGAUGUUUUUGCUUGUCUAUGUGAUAACUCUGUUGGGAAAUGGCAUCAUUAUUCUCAUAACCAAGGCUGACCAGGCUCUCCAGACUCCCAUGUAUUUUUUCCUCAGUAAUUUUUCCUUCUUAGAAAUCUGUUAUGUAUCAGUCACUCUUCCUAGAAUGCUCCUAAACCUCUGGACUCAGAGAAGACACAUUUCUUUGUUUGCCUGCGCAACACAAAUGAGUUUUGUCCUUAUGUUUGGAAACAUAGAGUGCCUGCUUCUCACCGUGAUGGCCUAUGACCGCUACGUGGCCAUUUGUAACCCCCUGCACUAUCCCCUCGUCAUGAACCCCAGGGCCUGUGUCCAGCUGGUGGCGGCCUGCUGGAUCACGGGGGUUCUGGUUGAGAUAGGGCAGACAUGCCAGAUUUUCUCUCUGCCCUUUUGUGGAUCCAACCAAAUCAAUCACUUCUUCUGUGACAUCCCCCCAAUACUCAAGCUGGCCUGUGCGGACACUUUUCUGAAUGAGAUAUUGGUCUUCACAGUCGCAGUCCUAUUUGUUAUGACCCCUUUCCUGUUGAUUCUUGGUUCCUACAGUAAAAUCACCUCCACCAUCCUGAGGUUGCCAUCGGCAACGGGGAGAGCAAAGGCCUUCUCCACCUGCUCGUCUCAUGUCACGGUUGUGACUUUAUUCUUUGGAUCUGCAGUCAUUGCAUAUUUACGACCCAAAUCCAGAAAUUCUUCCAAUACAGACAAGUUUCUCUCUCUUUUCUAUACCAUUGUGACCCCGAUGUUUAACCCCCUGAUAUACACUCUGAGAAAUAAGGAUGUCUUGAUGGCUUUGAGAAAAUUGCUUCCUUAA